UUAACUCCAAAUUGGCCCGGGGCUGCCAAGGGAAUCAGUCAUGGGUGUGCUGCUGCCAAUACUGCUUGCCUUACUGGCGGCUCUGAUCGGAGGGCUGUAUCUUCUCGGGGUCUUUCGACAGCGGCGACCAGGAGAACCUCCUCUGGACAAAGGGCGCAUUCCUUGGCUGGGUCAUGUCCUCGAGUUUCGCCGGGACACUUUGAAGUUCCUUGAGAGGAUGAAGCAGCAGCACGGUGAUGUAUUCACUGUUCAGCUGGGAGGGUUUUAUUUUACAUUCCUUCAGGAUCCCCUGUCGUUUGGGACUUUUACAAAAGAGAGUCGAGAAAAACUGGACUUUAACAAGUUUGCCAGGCACCUGGUGCGCCAAGUGUUUGGUUACGUCUCUACCGGGGAUGAUCACCACAUGCUUCAGAUAUCCAGCAACAAGCAUCUCAAGGGGGAUGGCCUGGAGGCGAUGACACAAGCCAUGACAAGUAAUUUACAGAACCUUAUGCUGCACAACAUUGGCUCGGCUGCAGACCAAAGGACGUGGGUAGAAGAUGGACUGUUCAUGUACUGCUACAACAUUGUUUUCAGAGCCGGCUAUUUGGCCCUGUAUGGCAAUGUGCCACCCAGGUCAGCAGGAGGUGAGGAGAACGCCAAAGCGGAAGACAGAGCUGAAUCAGACGCCUUAUUUUCCGAGUUCCGUAAAUACGACCAACUCUUUCCCAGCCUUGCUUACGGGGUUCUCCCACCGAGGCAGAAGAUGGAGGCGGAUAGGUUGAAGUCGUUCUUCUGGGACUCCCUGGCAGUGCACAAGGUGAGGAACAGGGACAACAUCGGAGGCUGGGUGUUCGACCUGCAGCGAGCCUUAACGGAGAAGGGUGUGGAGGACUCGAUGAUAGACCGGUACAUGUUCCUGCUUCUCUGGGCUUCUCAGGGCAACACUGGGCCUUCUGCAUUCUGGCUGCUCCUCUUCCUCAUGAAACACCCGGACGCCAUGACGGCAGUGAGGGAAGAGGUGGAAAAAGUUCUGAAGGAGUCUGGCCAGGAAAUCCGGCGUGGCGGCCCCUUAAUCGACCUGACCCGUGAGAUGCUGAUGAAAACCCCAAUCCUGGACAGCGCCGUGGAAGAGACCCUCCGACUCACCGCUGCACCCCUCCUCACCAGGGCCGUCAUGCAGGAUAUGACCCUCAAGUUGGUUGACGGGCGCGAAUACCUGAUACGCAAGGGGGACAGAAUGUCAGUUUUUCCCUACAGCGCCGUCCAACUCGACCCCGAGAUCCACCCUGACCCUCAUUCAUUCAAAUACGACCGCUUUCUGAAUCCAGACGGAACCAAGAAAACAGAUUUUUACAAAGGAGGGAAGAAGGUGAAGUACUACAACAUGCCCUGGGGUGCCGGAGUCUCCAUGUGUCCUGGGCGUUUCUUUGCCACCAAUGAGCUGAAACAGUUUGUUUACCUCAUGUUAGCCUACUUUGAGUUCGAGCUGAAGAAUCCUGAGGAGAAGAUCCCUCAAAUUGACUUCAAGCGAUGGGGCUUUGGAACGAUGCAGCCCGUCACAGAUGUUCAGUUUAGAUACAGACUCAAAUACUAGACCGACCAGAUGGCACGUUCUCAGAUUUCAAUCCUCUCUAGAAGCGUUUAUGUUGCUUUUGCAUUUCUAGGAAACAUGAUUGAGCUCUUUUUUUCAAAGCAGUUAUGUGAUUAGCACAGAUUUCAUACAUAUCUGUUGGCAUAUAUCUAAAUUAUUAACCACAUACUAUCUACUAUACACAAUCUUUGCAGAUAACUCUCUCGUCAUCUGGCUGAAAAUCUUUGAUCCCAGUGGACUUUAAUCCAGUUAACAGUAAUUUUAUUAGUCUUUGUAUAAACAAAUACAACUGAACUGUGUAUACUGUGGCUCGUUGUUCUCCACUUGCCUGUUUUCCAGUGUGAUCCUUUGCAACAAGUGAUGCCACAUGUUGACUUAUGCAAUGAAACACUGUGAAAUACGAGCGUCUGGCAAGCUCAGCAACAUGUUGUACUCAUUAGAUUGUGCAAUGCCCAUUAGUUCAAAGUUCUGUCUACAAAACAAAUCAGAAAAUCAGAAAAUGGAAAACAUUUUUUAAAAAUGUUAUAAUUAAAAUUUUUGAUUUUUUCCUAAUGAAUAUAUGUUGGCUUUGGAGGAGGUUAAAAACUGAGAUGAACCCAAAGUAUAAUUCCUGGAAUUAGGCUGCAGCCACAAUGUAAAUAACUGCUAAAGCAACUAAGGCUGCACUUCCAUGGGAUGCAGUCUGCACACAUUUUUUGUUAUCUUCUCAGUAGAUAUGUGACAGACUUCCUCUGCUCCUCUGACCUGCCUGGCCCGGUGGGUUUUCACGACCCGGCGAGCAGAGCAGGGAAGUGGGAAGCCUUCCUCUUUUUGUCUAUGUCGCUCUCUCAGCUUGGUUCUUUGUUUUUGGUUUGAUCUGCUUUGUUGUUUCUACAUCUAGCAGCUCCAUGCACAUUUCUCCACUCAGCUGUACACUCACACUGACGUUUAUCCGCCUUACUGACUGGUUUUUGUGAAUUUUUGAUGUAAUAAAUUGUUUGAUUUCUUGACCUUG